AAUAGUAUAAGUAUACACAUCUUCGAUAAAUAUCUUUAUGCUAUUAAAAUCGUUUCAGUAGGGUGGAUUAUAUCUUGUUAGUUCAUUAGUUCAACAGAAAAUGCGACGUUAUAUAAUUGACAUAAAUAUGGUUUUAAAUGGAAUUUUCUUUUUUGAAAAGGACAAACUAUGAAACAUCUGUUUAUAUCGAGUUUUGUUAAAAAGGGAUAAACGCUUAAGCCAAUUUUCUCCCAUUAUAGUCGAUUUUCUUCCUAUUAUGGAUUUAUAUUUUGAAUUGUUCAGCGUUUGUUUGACCACAAUAUAUUGAACGCAAUUACGAACGCAUUUCUCGACAAUCCUCGCUGCUGUUUAUGCAACUGCACCGCCACAUGUGUUAUCCCCAUUUAUUAGCGUGAACUUGUUUCAAUUGUCGCGCGGAAACGCAAAGCGUAUAGCAUAACGGUAGAUAAUAUGCAGGCGUAUUGGCUUAGUAACUACUAAUUAUUAAGUGAAAGCGAUAAGAUACGUUCACGCAGGGCGGAUUAUAUAACGUUCACUCUCGACGAUCCGGCGAUUGCGCUGACCGAUUUAGCGCGUGUAAUCUCAGUUACUUGAACGUUCUUUUAAGUACUCAUUAAUCAUUCAUCUGUUUAGAAUAAUCAAUUUUUAGUAUAACUUCUAGUGCAUUUAUGUUUCACAUAUGUCUCGGAUCAAUAUGACUAAACAAUGUUUCAUCGACCGAAUGUUGCUUCAAUAAAGUGAAAAACGAAAAAAAGUUCAAGUAAUCUGAUAGUGAAAUGGAGACAUAAAACAGCAAACGAAUCGAAUCUUAUCAUAGAUAAGCGUAUAACCCAGACAAAUGAUUGAACAGUUAUAUCAUUGUCAUUAGUAUCUCUUUCGGAAUUUUUACUGUCGGACGUCAUCAUUGGUGUAGCGAUGAAAAUUCAUGACUAUAAUGAGCCAGACACCAAAUUCAAGCUGUAUCUCAGACAACUGUUGACUGCUUUGGGACCGCUGAUGGGAAUCAUUGUGACCUGCAUGACAAAUGGCUACAGCGCGAUUCUUCUUCCGCAGCUGAAGACAAUUUCAUCUAACAAUAACGAAUCUUUAUCGGGAUCUGCGGAUGUGGAUCACUUCGGAGCGCUCACUAUUGAUCAAGUGUCAUGGAUCGCUGCGGCUCCGGUCCUGUCGAUGGCACCAGGUUACUGGACUGGCGGAUUUAUGGCAGACAAACUCGGAAGGAAGACUUCAGUAUUGCUGCUGUUUCCAGUUUCCUUCGUCGGUUGGUUGAUGAUCGGCUUCGCUAACAGCGUGAAGGCACUCGUGGCGGGUAGGCUCCUCAUCGGAUACUGCGUCGGAAUCCUGGCACCGAUCGUUCCGAUUUAUGUGGGCGAAACGAGCGACCCUCUGCUGCGCGGUGUUCUCCUGGGAGCAAUUAGUCUGAACCUAUCGGUCGGCAUCUUGGCGUGUCACGCGAUGGGAACCUGGCUACACUGGCGGACCACCGCGCACAUCUGCGGUGUACUACCUAUGGUCUGCUGGAUCAUCUGCAUGUUUUCACGAGAGAGUCCGAUGUGGCUGCUUAGCAAGGGCAGGCUAGAGCAAGCAAGACGCUCCUGGGUAUUCUUCCGCGGCGAGUAUUCACUCGAGGAAUUUUCUCUGCUGGGAACCGCCAAACUCGCGGAAAUCUCCGACAGGAAAGCUGGAGAACACUCGAUGCUACACUCCUUCAGGAAAACCUGGUCCUCGCGAUACUUCCUGAGACCUCUCGCCAUCAUCUGCCUAUACUUUUUUACGUUACAGUUUGCGGGCACGAACAUGAUAAUUUUCUACUGCGUCGAAAUGAUUGCGGACAUCUCGGGAUCAGCAUACGCGUACCUAAUAACGUUGAUGAUUGAUGCGAUUCGUUUGAUGUUUGGUGUUCUCGCGUGCUUUCUCAUGAAAACGUGCCGCAGACGCACCAUAACGUUUAUAUCCGGUUUUGGUGUAGCUGUUACUAUAUUGUCAUUAAGCGCAUGUCUGAUGCUUGAUAUUGGUAGACCUUGGGUUCCUAUAGUUCUCCUCGUCGCUUAUACCGCUCUGCUGUCAUUGGGAUUGAUGCCUGUACCCUGGUUGCUUUGCGGUGAACUGUUACCGCGGAAAUUCCGUGGGCUUGGCACGGGAUUAACAUCCGGAUUUGCCUUUAUCUGCUUCUUCAUGGUAAUAAAGACGAUGCCGGCUAUGAUGGAGCUCAUGAAGCCUAAGGGUGCAUUCGUCAUUUACGGCUCCGUAGCAUUAAUUGGAAUUAGCAUAUUAUAUUUCGUCCUCCCUGAAACCAAGAAUAAAACUUUGCAGGAGAUUCAAAUAUAUUUCGAUCAAACGUCUCAUUGAAAUAUACAAACAAUGGAAUAUUAGAUAAAUUUAGUGUUUGACGCACUUGAUGCAAGAGGAGUAAGAAAUAAUAUUUUUAAGCAUGAAUAAAUCGUAAUGAUUCGUCUAUUUAUACAACGUGAAUGAAAUAAAUCCAUAUACUAUAAUGCAGAA